AUGGAAUUGAUCAAAACCCCAAAGGUAGAAAAUGUUCGAAUGUUAGACAGAUAUUCAAAAAUCCCAUCCCAAGGAACUUUAUACCUAACCACCACCCAUCUAAUUUUCAACGAGCCCGAAGCCAAAAAGGAAACAUGGAUACCCCACAUGCACGUUUCAACCCUGGAAAAGCUACCGCUCUCUACCACCGGAUCCCCUUUGCUCAUUCGAACAAAGACCUUCCUCUCGGUCACGUUCGUAAUCCCCCGGGAAAGGGACUGUCACGACGUCUACGUGAGCUUACAGCAGCUAUCGCAGCCUCCGAACCUCGAGGAUUUGUACUGCUUCUCUUACACGCCUCCCGUCGAAGAGAUCCGCCGGUUCGUCGGCUGGAGCUUCCACGAUCUACAAGAGGAGUACCGACGCAUGGACGUUCCCAACGCCGAAUGGUCUCUGACGAAUUUAAACGUCGACUAUCAAUUGUGCGAUACUUACCCUCGAGUACUGUUUGUACCGAGCUCGGCUAGCGACAGAGUCCUCUUGGGCAGUUCGAGGUUCCGUUCGAAAGGCAGGCUGCCGGUGUUGUCGUACCUGCACAAGAACAAGGCCAGCAUAUGCAGAUGCAGCCAACCUUUGUCCGGAUUCAGCGCCAGGUGUUUGGAGGACGAGCAAAUGCUGACGGCCGUAUUGGAUACCAAUCCCAACGGCGGGUACAUGUGUGUAGUGGAUACCAGACCGAAGAUUAACGCGAUGGCCAAUAGAGCGGCGGGUAAAGGUUACGAAAACGAAGCGUUCUACGAUAACAUAAAGUUCCAUUUUCUUGGUAUCGAAAACAUCCACGUGAUGAGAAGCAGUCUCGCGAAAGUUGUCGAAACUUGUGAUCAAAGAAACCCGACGAUGUCGAGCUUCCUGAGCGGCCUCGAAUCGAGCGGGUGGCUCAAACACAUCAAAUCCAUCCUCGAUACGGCCCUGUUCAUCUCCGAAACCGUCACGAGGGGCGUCAGCGUGGUGGUUCAUUGCUCGGACGGUUGGGACAGGACGGCUCAAGUUUGUUCACUGGCCUCGAUUCUCUUGGAUCCGUUUUAUAGGACUAUAUCCGGUUAUCAGGCUAUGAUAGAAAAGGACUGGCUGGCGUUCGGGCACAAAUUCUCCGAGCGGUGCGGCCACGCCCGGCCCGAUCCCAAAGAGAUAUCGCCGAUAUUCACGCAGCUUUUGGACGCCACGUGGCAAUUGCAACGGCAAUUUCCCGCCGCUUUUCAAUUCAACGAGGCGUUUUUGUACGCCUUGCACGAUCACGUGCACUCGUGCCAGUUCGGAACGUUCAUCGGCAAUUGCGAGAAAGACAGAAGGGAAUUGAGAUUGUCGGAGAGGACGUACUCGUUGUGGGGCUACAUGGCGAAUCACCUGAACGAGUACAUCAAUCCUUUGUAUGGGUCGUCGGAUGAUGAGGUUCCCGAAGUGCUGGUACCCAAUUUGCUACCGCAAAAUAUCAAAUUCUGGAGGAGCAUGUACUGCAGAUUCGAGAGCGGCGUCCAUCCGAGAGAACCCCAAGCGGAUCUGUUGUUAGUUACAUCCGAUUACGCGUUUUCCCUCGACGAGCACGUCAAAUACCUGACGAAGCGACUUUCUUCGGUCAAAUCGUUGAUAGCCAGAUCGGUGGAGCGCAAGGGUAGCAAACAGACGAAGCGCGAGGAGCGUUGCCGGCCGUUGGACAACGCCUACGCGGACAACAAGUCGUCGUACGAGCGUAAGCCGAGCAAGGACGAGCAAUCGCCGGCGAAUCGAAACGACGAUGCGCUCGAUUUGGAUCGAGUGGUGAAGGAAAUCGAUUCGGUGGCGAUCGAUUGGAAAUCGUUGAGGAACGCGGACGAGUGCAGUUGCUCGUUGGCGUUGGACCAGCUCAGUAAGAAGAUGCAUUGCAGAAAAUGCGGCGAGAUAUUCUGUCAGCGUUGCAUAUCGAAGAAGGUCGCUCUGCCGGGUCACGAUUCUCGCGUGCCCGUGCCGGUGUGUAAACCUUGUUUCGAUAGCGUCGCGACGUCGACGUCGGCGACUUAG